GUCGAAAGCGAGUCGUGCGUGCUGCCGAUUGUGUGUGCGUGUCGAUUAUAUUUUUAUUUACUUCAAUGAUAUUAUUUUUGUAAAACCCUAUAAAAGAUAUACCAUAUAUAAGAUGUACAAACGAUAGCGAUACUAUUUUUAUACUAUACGAAAAACGAACAGUACAAAUAGAACAAAGUACAAAUAAAAACCAUUCCAAUCUCAGCGAACACAUUCAGGACACACUCAGUACCACUCUUCAGAGCCAUGACAAUAAAGCCAAAGAAGAUAUUCCAAUAAACAUCAUCAGUACCCAACCCUUCAAGAAAACGCACAAUGACAGACAGUUAGCGAACCAAAAAUAAUGGUAGUACCAUGAGCGAGACCUUGAGCCAGGACCCGGACGGUCUGGGAGCGGCCUACACCACGCUGGCACCGUCGUACCCGCCUACCCCGGCUACACCCAGCUCCACGGUACAGGAUGUACCACCGGGAGCCAAUCUACCUCCGUUUUCAACGUUUAACGCCGACAUGGACUCGAACGGUACCUUUACUUCGGUUUCCGACCGGUUGUUUAGUGAUACAAGACUUUUGGACAUUUCCAAUUGGGACUACUAUACGGAAACUCGGUUGGUUGAUCGCGGCGAGAACGGGUUGAGUAUUAUAACGUCUCAACCACAGUACCGGCCGUGGGAGUCGAAACCAAUCGAUUCCGGAUCGUUUUCGAACUCGAGUGAAGCGUUUCCGACGCCUCAGAACGGUGCCUCAAAACUACCUUCGUUCCAAAGCCAGUUUCAGUCAUUUAAUGAACAAGUUACCGGGGGUGAGACCACCACACUCACUACACUCACAAACUUGACUCCAGUCUCACCAAACUCAUCUUCUAGUCCUCAAAACCAGUCAUUAACCACUUUAAAUUCAAGUUUUCAUACAUUAAGUGCUGUAAAUCCUCGUAGUUACCCUCUGGUCCCUGCUCCGAUUCAAGCCAGGGAGAUUCCAUCAAUCCAACAACAGUUCCUGGACGAACGACACAUACAGUUAUACUCACACCCCACUGCUAACCUUACACUGAACAACACCAUACAUUCCGCGAGUAUUUUUCCAGCUCAGAACGGAGCUAUCAUCCAGAACAGCCAAAUAAUCUCAUCCCCCACUGUAGUGACAGUUUUAAAAUCCGAUCCGGACAUGAAGUUAACUUCCUUACACAAUACGGAUGCUGGGAUUAAAAUCCAGAACGUAGCCAUCCAUCCUGCGCAAUUCCAGAACCCGAUGCCUCCAAUGGGCUCGGAUAACGGUAUCUACAAUGGUCUGGAUAAGAAAAUUAACGGUUUAACCGAUACAAUGACCUCGCCGACUCGGAACGACUUUAGAAAGAAAGAAAGACGGAAAAUCCGGGCUUCCAGCUUGGAAAGUUCAGCUGAGAGUGACGGGGCGUCCAGUAAUAUGGAUCUGGGGUCCGAGAAUUCUGGACAGGUUGCUGCUGUGUCAAGUACGGAUGGGUUCAAGACGCAGCACGGGAUGGCUGUUAUGGAGCACGAUAUGAGUGGUGGAGUUCUGGAUAAGCAGGUGAAGAAAAAAAGGAAGAGGUGUGGGGAAUGUAUCGGGUGCCAGAGGAAGGACAACUGUGGUGAUUGUGCUCCGUGCAGGAACGAUAAAAGUCAUCAGAUUUGUAAGCAGAGGAGAUGCGAGAAGCUUACGGAGAAGAAGAAUCUGUAUGGCGAGCCAUACAUGCGGGGCGAGUCGAGGCGAGGUCGUGGAAAAGGCCGAGGUGGAUCGAGUUAUAGAGGAAGGAAACCAAACGGUCCUAUAACGCCUCUUGGAGUGCCCGUUGCAGGUAUUCCUCCAUCUCACGACUCCAACGGGAGUUCCGUAGCAACUCCUCAACAGCCCAACUCUCGACCCAGCCCUCAACCGGCUGUAGCACAACCCUUGACAGUGCAACAACAACCAAUGACCCCAAUGCCGUUCUACGCUGACCCCAACCGUUUUCCCACACCUGUAUGGCAAGCAGACCCAUCGCAAGUAUCAGGAUGGCAAGGACAGUUCAUUCAGCAGAUCCCUUCAGCUGGACAACCUAUUGAUACUUACCAACAGUACCCGAACGGAAUCUACCAAACCACGUACCAACAGCCUGCUUUCGAAGCGAACACUUUCUACACUGGCGCCGUCCAAGUGUUGACACCUGCCAACGCCAGACCACCCAGUGUACCGACUCAGCAAGCUCAAAUGAUAUCUAGACCAAACCCCGACUAUGCUCACACACCUAGUCCCAGUCCGGCAGCUCAGCAACAAAAUCAGCAACAAACUCAGCAACAGGCCAACACUAACAGACAGUACCAGGAAUACAAUCAGUUUGCUUCGAACAAUUCUGGAAACGAAGGAUCUCAAUCAAGACCCAGCUCUGUUAACAGUGUGGUGAAUCAGAAUCCACCAACUCCCAAUCAGAAUUUCAAUCAGGGACAGCAACAGCAGAAUCAGCAGCAACAGCAAAACCAACAGCAACAGACGGUGUAUACGACUGUCAGUGCAGCUAAUUUCAGUCCUAGUUCCAAUCAGCAACAGCAACAGACUCAGUACGUUAACGCGAGUUCGGGAAACGGUCAGCCUGGGUAUCCACAGGUGAACGCCAGCAGUCCGCAGGUGGGUUCACACAACUCUAGUGGCUACCCAGGCACAGAGCAGUACAGCGGACAGCACAAUCCCCAACAGCAAUGGCAAGAACACCAACAAGCCAUGUGGGAACGUCAGCAACACCAGCAAAUGCAAGACAACACCAAAAUGGAACAAACCUACCAACAAUCCGAUCAGUACAUGCCACAACAGCACCAAACAACCUCAGAUAACACUUCUCCCAAUAAAAUUCAGAGUGACAACUCGCAAAAGACUUUUUCCCAAGCGGAUAAGGUGAACCUGAACACACGGAUCAAAACGAUGAUCCUGAACAAGCAACAGAACGACGCCAAGAUGGAACAGGACAUGAAACCAGUAGAACAGGGAAACUCUACCGGUCAUUUUUUAUGGUAUAGCCACCAUCAUCGCUUAGAUCCGCUAAGUGUUGAUGGUGGCCCCCGAAAACACUCUCUUCCCAACUCAGACAAAGCUUACCCGUAUGAAAAUACUCAGAAUCUUGCUCAGAAUAACUUUAAAUCGGAACAAAACAAUUUAAGACUAGGCUACAACGAUUUUUCUGGUAAACCAAAAGAGGAAACCCAAAAUGGUACUAAAACUGAGUUGAAAAUUGAGCAAGGCACUAAUAGUGAUAAAACUCUUUCAAAUGUCAGUAUUAACAAUGCACAAAACAAGUAUCCAGAACCAAAUUUAUGGAAUUACGGGACUAAAAACAUAUCAAACCAUAGAGCAAAUUCUACUGAACCUAAGCCAGAAAUACCUCCUCAACCUUCUUUCACUAGUUUAGAACAAAACUCUCAGGCAGUACUUUAUAACAAAAGCACAUACCAACAGCAUUCAGAAACCUCAUUUGCAUCACCAGAACCUACUAGAACUUGGCUGAAUGAAAAAAGAAAAGAAAAAUCAUCUCCUCCUUCGAUGAAUCUAUAUUCCCCUGAUAGUACCAGGAUAAAUGAGAAGACUUCUCCUCCCAAAGUUGGUGAGGAGAUUCCGAGAUGUCAGUGUUUUCCUCCGGAUCAGAGUCCCCCAGAACCGGGGACUUAUUAUACGCAUUUAGGCUGUGCUAGUAACCUUAGAACACUAAGACAUAACCUGGAAUGUCAGACGGGGUUGAGUGGACCAGCUAUUAGGAUUGAGAAGGUGAGGUACACUGGGAAGGAGGGCAAAACCGCUCAAGGGUGUCCAAUUGCCAAAUGGGUCCAUCGCAGAGUAAGUUUAGAAGAAAAAUAUCUAGUCAUAGUUAAGCACCGAAAUGGCCACUCCUGUCAAUCAGCUUUCAUCGUCAUCUGCAUGGUAGUGUGGGACGGCAUCACUCAAGACCACGCCUCUGACCUCUACUCCCUCCUAACAGACAAACUCAACAAGUUUGGAGUUCCAACCAAACGUCGAUGCGCAACGAACGAUCCAAGAACCUGCGCAUGCCAGGGAAUCAACGAAGACACGUGUGGAGCCAGCUUUUCUUUUGGAUGCUCUUGGAGCAUGUACUAUAAUGGAUGCAAGUUCACCAGAUCCAAAGAAGUCAGGAAGUUCAGGCUGAGUGUCAAAGAAGAAGAACGUCUUGUUGAAGAUAGACUUCAGAAUCUGGUGGAUCAUAUUAAUCCACUGUACAAGACCCUGGCACCAAGAUCUUUCAGAAAUCAGAUCGGUUUUGAAGAAGUUGCCUCAGACUGUAGGCUGGGUACUAAACCAGAAAGACCGUUUUCCGGGGUGACAGCUUGCGUGGAUUUCUGUGCUCACGCUCACAAAGAUAUCCAUAACAUGAACAACGGAUGUACUGUGGUGGUGAGUUUGACCAAGCACAGGGGUUUGAGUAAAGCUCAAGAAGAACAGUAUCACGUGCUUCCUCUUUACGUGCCUGACGGUACUGACGAGUUUGGUUCCAAGGAGAAUCAGGAUGCUAAGGUUCAGAGUGGUCAGUUGGAGGUCCUUAAGAAGUACGAAUGUGAGGUGAGAACCUUCUCAGAACCGGCUGCCAAAUGUCGAAACCGCAAAAGCAAAAAAGAAGAAGGCCAAAGAAAGAAGAAAUCUACCAAUUCUCAACCAUCAUCUCCAUCGGUCUCUUCAACAACUCUUCAGCAACAAUACCCAGCGAAACCUUGCCCGAGUCACUACAGUAACCCACCGGAAAUACAGAACGGUCAAGUAUCAAGUACUGUGCUUGAUUCACCUAACAGGCCUCCUAAUACUUGGAGGUAUGAUAACUUUCCUGGUAAUAGCAGUUAUGAGAAUACUUUAAACGCUAGUAACUUCCAUAAUCCUCACAACUUACCUCAAUUUUCAAUUUUUAAGACUUCAUACGCGUAUAACUAUACGGGAUUCAAUGAUCAUUACUCCCAUAACAGUCCUUACAAUGCUUUUGCCCAUCAUUACAAUCCUUACGCUUACAGUAACCAUCCCACACCACAUUUACUGUCUCAUUACGCUUCCCAUCAGUUCCCAUACAGAAGCAACAACCCUUUUGAUGAUUUCUAUACAAACAACAUGAUACCUCCUCCUCCACAUCCACAUCCACAUCCUGUAGUCCCUCAAGUUUUUGAACAACCCAAACCAUCCAAAUCUGUGGAUAUUAAAUUUACAGACAAUUCAGAAUGUUUCAAAGACCCUGAAAUAGGUGGAGUUGCAAUCGCAUUGUCUCAUGGUAGUGUUCUUUUUGAAUGUGCCAAACACGAACUCCAUGCAACCACAGCUCUUAGGAGGCCUAACAGGCAAAAUCCUACUAGAAUAUCUUUGGUUUUUUACCAGCAUAGGAAUUUAAAUAAGGCUCAGCAUGGUUUGGAUGAGUAUACGAUGAAACAGAAAAAUAAACUGGAUGAUUCUUCGUCUCAGUCUGAGUUCGAUGGUAGUUUUGAGGGUAAUAAGUCUUCUGAGACCUCUGAGGGGGUUAUGGUUAGGACUGCUACGGCGCCUACGAUUUCUUUGACCACGAUGUUUCCUAUGUACCCCUGUAUGGUUACGGGUCCCUAUCAGGAACAUUUACCGAUGAUAAAUAAAUGACAUUGUUAUAAGAGUUGUUGAUAUUAAUUAUUUCCGACAUUGUCAAUGGCUGUAUAGGUUUCAGAAAGAGAAUUAUAAACAUAGGAAGCGUAGAUUUCUUAAAGACCAUGUAUAUGUUUUAUUAAAACACAAAUAUUUUCGAUGAUUUUGAAUUGAGAAAUUGACCUCGAGAAAAUUAUCAUGGAUUGUCAUUCCCCAGCCGUCUCUGACGCCGUUUUUUUUUCGCUUGAUUCUUGGGGAAUUCAUCUGACCAUAUUGCCAUUUUUAAACGAUCCCUUCUUAUAUCAUAUACAGGGAUAUAAAGGAAGUAAGGAAUUUACAAUGUUUUUGAGACACUCUGUGGAGUGAGCAAGUGACAAUUAAAAAUAUUUGGGAACUUCACUUACUUGCGUGUAAUCUACAUUUUUUUUCUUUGAAAUCCUGUAUAUUUUUUAAUAAUUAAGAUAUCAUAGUGAAUAAAAAAAACAAAAUGUUCGGUAAAAGUCAGGCUACAAUUUUAUGUAAAAUAUUAUUUUAAAUCUUAUGUUGCUCACUAUAUAGAGUGUCUCAUAAAACAUUGAAAAUUCCUUACUUCUUGUCCAUCUCUGAGAAACUAAAAAAAAAUGUUGUUUAUAAUACCUACGCUUCUUGUUUUUUGUGUUCUUUUUCUGAUAUUUAGUUAUAUUAGCUUUUUGUGGUUAUAUUUUUAUCUAUCAGACAUUUACCUAAAAAGACAUACCUAAAGAAUUUGAAUUGUGGAAAAUUAAAUAAUUUUUCCGAGUUCUUAAUGGAAAUCUUUUGAGCCUAAAUUUAGUAAGAAAAUCAAUGCAAAAUAUUUUUUUUAAAUGAAUAAAUAAAUUUACAGUUUACCCAGCUGAUAUUUUGUGUAUUUGAAUAUAAAAAAAGUAAGUUUUCGUGUACUUUGAAAGAGUAUAUAUUAUUUUUAUCAAAACACUUUAUUUUCGACAAAAAAUCUACCCCAAUACUGUCUCUAAUCCUUAAAAUCCAUCAAAAAUAAACUAAAUUAGUGCCUCUGUGAUCUCAGAUUAAAAAAAAAUGAAUAUAAGAAAAAUAUAAAUCACUGAAAUAAAGUACAAAGUCAUAAUAUUUAAAGUUAUAACGAGUUAAUUUCUAAUCAUCGUCGCUCUUUAUAUGCCUCUGUAUAUUUUUAAUAAUUUUAUACCAAAGUUGAUUUUAUAUUACCAGAAAAUAGUAUUAAAUCGUUUUAUUUUACGUAAUUUUUUUCCGUGUACAUAUAAUAAGUAUUUUUAGUUAAUUUUACAAGACUACUUUAUUUUUGCUAUAUGGGAGAAUUAAUAAAAAAAAACGUCGUCAUAGUGACCUUUGAAAUUUUCGAAAGUUACCAUGACGGUGUUUUUUUUUCAUAGUUUGCCUUGCCGUCGUAGCGCCAUUUAUAUAUUUUUACGAAGCAGUGGCGUACAUUAAUUUAUUCGAAUUUUCAAUAUAAAUUAUGUUUAGGAGACUAAAGGAAGCUGUAGAAUUGUAAAAAACGAUAAUCGUUCUUCUGAUUAAUGAAAAAAAGAUGAAAAUAAUGGCCAUAAUAAUGUUGUUUGUAAAUUUAAAGCGAUAAUAUACCUUUUAGAGUUUUUAAAGUAUAUUUUUACUAAAAAAAGAAGAUAAUAUUAAUAAGAAUAAGAAAAAGAGUAUAAUAUAAAGUUUUUUUCGUCGAUUUUGAACGAAAACUAUUAUAUGUAUAGGAUUAGUAACUCGUUUUUUGGAAUAAGGAAUAAUAUAUAUGUUUAUAAUUAUUAUAAAAAAAAUGAUGCCAAAUUUCUAAUAUUAAGAACAUAUUAUUUGUGUUUGAAAAAUAGUAUUAUGCCAAUUUUAUAUAAUUCUCGAUACUUACACAGGGUGUUUCAGGUAACUGGUUAAUAUCAAGUUUUUUAGGACGUAAUAUUUAAAUACAAAAUGAAAAUUUCUUAUAUACAAAGUAUUUUUAUAUUUUAUUCAUUUAGACUACAAAAAUUACAAAAUAUACAGUGUGUUCUACUUAAAAUAAACAAUUUGGCAGCCCUUCCAAAGCUGAGUAAAAUAUAUUUGAAAGAAAAAAACACCUAGUCAUAUAACUUGAAUUUCAAAAAUUCAAAUAAAUUAAACCCAAAAAACUUUAACAAAGCAGUUUCCUGAAAUACCUUGUAUAUAUACUUGACAAAAACAGAAUUUUCGAAAAAAACAAUAAGAAAAUAUCUGACAGACUUAAUAAAUAAAAUUAUACAGUGACAGAGUCUUCCAACUAUUUUACGUAUUUUUUAAUAAAAUCUUACUAAUAUACAAAGAAAUACAUUCUGUUUUUGAUCAAGUAUAUUCUUUAUUGUUUACUACAAAAAUACAUUUUGAUUUAAUAAAAACAACGUCAUAGUAAGCGUAGAGUUUUUAAAACGAUUUAUUGGGACGGUGUAUUUAUUUAAUCUUACCGUAUUUAUUAUACAGGGUGGCCCAUCGAAAACGUUCCGCAAGGUAUAACGGCCAGGGUAUUUUUUUUUCAAAAAA